AUGGAACAGUCAUCAGAAGACGAACUGGAGUCAAAACAACAGCGCAAGGUGCAAAAACAUGUCCAGGUACAGGAAAAUGUUCCACAGGAGCCAAAAUACGAUGCGUUGCAAUACGCCCUGUUUCUGUGCUACGGGCAUUGUACAUCUACAAAAGCAGACCACAAACGAAAUAAUAAACGCAGCACUAGGCUAUUAGUUCUAGAUGAAGCCGUAACACCGGACUUUGAACACUUAAUUCAGACUCUAUCUUCUAAAAGCCCGGCUGACGGUGGCGCUCAUAUACGUGUUGUAUUAAUGAAUCUAGAUGCCGGUAUUUUCUUGGAGGAUCGAAACCGGACAUACGCCCUCUUUGAAAAAUACUGGGCCAUUGACAUGCAAGAUAUUUCUCUGCUAUCCUCACAGCUCGUCUACCAUAGCCAGACGAUCAAUAAUGGUGGCCAAACAUACUUGGAGAUAUGCUACAAUGUCAGCGAAUAUCUCUCAUACGACGAAGACAACAUCUUAUCACCAGAGAGCAGUUUGACGUUAAAUGUGAGCAAACCGGGAGACAUGCGGCUUUACCACGAGUAUGAGCCUCUUUACUUUAGGUAUAACACAACAACUGGCCAAACAACAUACGUAUUGCCGAAUGCCACUCUUGAGCACCGCAACCUUCUCAAUAGCAUUGGUCUGACUCUCUCUAAAUCCCCCCCCAAAAUGCAUCCAUUCACGUUGCACACCGUCAUCUUGUCACAGACCAUAUCUGCUCGUAGCAAAGAGAUCGAUGAUCUUUACCGGCGGCUUCUAUGGAUCGAACACCAAAUUUAUCAGGGAUCAAUCUUCCAGGAUACGAACUCAGAGAGGUUCACACGCUAUAUACAGCUAUCACACAAAUUAUCACGCAAUCUCAUCACACUUGAACACCGAACUCAACGCGAUCGGUCCCAUAUCGACCGACUUCUACGCGAUCUCGAUCGCUUAUGGAAACUAGCAAACAAACACCGUCCUAAGAAAUCCGACGACUCCUAUAUCGACAUCUCGAUCCACGAACGUGUACGAGAUUCUCUCUUGUGCCUCAAGGACUCAGCCUUGGACCGGGAACGGCAGAUUAUCAACUUGCAGCGCAAGACCCAGAUCUUUGUAGCCCUGUUAUACAACCUGAUCACCGGGCACGACAGCGCCAUUAAUCUGCGCAUUGCCUCGGAGACAGCAAAUGUCUCACACGAAGCAAAAAAGGACAGUACAUCGAUGAAGAUUAUUGCCAGCGUGACUAUGUUUUACCUACCGGCCACGUUUGUAUGCAGUCUGUUCGGCACCAAUUUUGUCGCGUUGGAUACAAAUGGCCCGUCAGAUCCGAAUUUUGUUGUUUCCAAAUUUUGGUGGGUAUAUCUAGCCUUUGCCAUUCCGUUGACUGGGUUCACCGUGUUUUGUUUCUGGCUCUGGCGUCGAUGGCGUGGAGGCCAUCUGCUACGAGCUGAACGAGAGAAAUAUACUGUUUAA